ACAACAUCGCUCCAAAUUGAUGACUCCCAGUCAGUAUAUUAUGAUUACUGGAAACCAGCAAUUUUUAUUUCUUAUAUAGACAAGAAAUUUCCCAAAGAAGAAGAAUAAUACACGAACCUUUUGCAGAGAAAAAGCUUGAUAAAGCAGCAGCUUCAAAAAGGUAUGGUUAAAGUAAGCAGGUUUUUUCCAUAUUUGAAAAGAAAAAUGCUUCCCCUGUCUUUCCCUAGGCGCAAGCCUCUAGAGAAAUUCACUUGCUGACCUUCCUCGCGCCCAAUCGAUAUUUUCCAUAGCCUCGAACUCAUCGAAGGUCAAAAAAGGCGCCUCUAUUGAAUCCAGCUAUAUAUCCAGUAGGCCAGUUACAUGAUUGUUUUAAAGCACCAGCAAAAAAUUUUCAGUGAGAGACAAACGUCAUCAAGUCUAAAAAUACAGCAACACACAGUCAAGUUCAUUUGCCAGAUUCUCUGGCAAAAAAAUAGUCAAAAAAACUGUGUAGUUUAGUGAAAAUAGUUUCAAAAAAAAUUACCAUGAGAAGUAUUAGACUGGUUAGUAGUGGACGGGAAAUGCCCAUUGUGGGCUUGGGUACUUGGAGAGGAAAACCCGAGGAAAUGGAAAAUGCUGUGAAUGUUGCAUUGGAAGUUGGAUAUAGGCAUAUUGAUACCGCAUUUAACUACAAUACUGAAGAAUCAAUAGGAAAAGUCCUUAAGGAAUGGAUCGGUUCUGGAAAAGUUAAACGAGAAAAUUUAUUUAUAACAACCAAAUUACCCAAUUAUGGCAACAGACCUAGUGACGUUGAAAGAUUUUUAAAUUUAUCCCUACAAAAAUUACAAUUGGAUUAUGUGGAUCUUUACUUGAUUCACAUGCCAUUCGGGUUUCUAUUAAACGAAUCUACAAUGUCGCCAAUGGUGAAAGAAAAUGGAGAAUUUUGUCUGGAUACUGCGGAUUAUGUUGACACUUGGAAGGUAAUGGAAGAACAAGUGAAAAAAGGCAAAAUCAAAUCAAUCGGAGUGUCGAAUUUCAAUGCAAAGCAACUAAAAAGACUUUACGAAAGUGCCGAAAUAAAACCGUCCGUUCUACAAGUAGAACUUCACGCCUAUUUACAACAAAAGCAAUUGAGAGAAGUGUGUAAAGGUCUUAAUGUCGCUGUGACUGCUUUUUCUCCAUUGGGAAGUCCUGGAGCUAAUAAUCAUUUCAGUACCAAAUAUAAUUAUGAAUUGAACGAUUUUCCUGAUAUCCUGGGCCAUCCGGAGGUCAACGAAAUAGCAUUAAAACACAACAAAACUCCUGGACAAAUUCUCUUGAAGCAUCUGGUUGAACAAAACGUUAUCGUUAUUCCAAAAAGUAGCAAUUCCGAAAGAUUGAAGUCGAACAUCAGUCUGUUUGAUUUUGAAUUGACUCGAGAAGAUACGGAUAAAUUAGAUCAAUUGGAUCGAGGCGAAAAAGGAAGGAUAUUCAAUUUUUUGUUUUUCAAUGGAGUGGAAAAUCAUCCGCAUUAUCCUUUCAAGAAGGAGGAGGACAAUAAUAAUUGAUUGACUUUGUAUUUUUUUGUUGGAUAAUAAAAUUUAUUGUUUUUAAAAAAAGCCAACCAUAAGAUUAAUUUUAAAAUAAAAAUAAAAUUUUUAAAUUUUAAAAAUAAUCUCUUUUCUAUAAUUCAAA